AUGGUGGAUUCGGAGACACAGGCGCCUGCGCGCUCGUGGAAUACCUUCUUCAAGAGGAGAAAGGGUGCCUCUCCGGAUGAGAUGGCGGGCGUUGCGGGCGAGGAGAAGCAGACGAAGGCGGUAUGGAACAUGGGGAUGCUCAACGACAAGGAGACUAUAGAAGUACCGGGAUCUGUCUUAUUGCUUGCUCAAGGUCGGAAUGAACCACUGGGUCUUCGAAACGCCCCAGCUCGGACCUCACAUUCUUCCCUCCCAGCCGGCUUUGUCCCAGAGGCACCAACGCCACCACCAGUCCCGGCCGAAGAGGAGAAGAAAAUGACGGCAGAUGGUCAGAUCAUCCUCGAGCCUCAGCCCGACGACUCGCACAAUGACCCGCUCAACUGGCCUGCGUGGCGUCGCGACUCGGCCUUGCUCUCUCUCGGCCUGUACUGCAUGGUAGGUGGCGGUAUCACCCCCAUCCUCGCCGCAGGCUUCACCAAUGUCGCUGAAGACUACAACAUAGACGUGGCCGAGGUGUCACUCACAACUGGUCUAUAUAUGUUGGGCCUCGGCAUCGGCUGCGUCAUCUUCUCACCCACCGCCAUUCUCUAUGGCAAGCGCCCGGUCUACCUUUUCAGUUCCAUCUUGUUCAUCAUCUCAGCCGUAUGGUGUGCUUUAUCACCAAACUUCACCUCGCUCAUUCUGGCCAGAAUCUUUCAAGGCAUCGCUGUCAGUCCUGUAGAAUGCUUACCAUCUGCUACAAUCGCCGAGAUCUUCUUCCUGCAUGAAAGAGCUUACCGGAUCGGCGUCUACACUUUGCUAUUGCUCGGUGGCAAGAACCUGGUUCCAUUGGUGAGCGCUGUUGUCAUCCAGAGUCUUGGCUGGCGCUGGGUAUUCUGGAUUGUCGCCAUUGUCGUGGCAUUCUGCGGUGCCCUGCUCUUCCUUCUCGUGCCCGAGACUUUCUGGGACAGGUCCCCUGUUCCCAGAGCACGCAACCAACCCAAGAGGCCCGGUUUUUUCAGCAGAAGGUCAUCGAGACACAGGGUACCGGGGUUGCUGCAUGCCAACGAUGGCGCCACUUCGGCUAUGGAUCAACCUGUGCCGAGUGCAUCUGGAGAGAAGUUCACCGAAGACCACGUAGGGACUGCAAAGGAGACGCAACACCGGCACAAGAACGUUCAUGUAGGGUUCGCGCCGGCUCCCGAGGAUGAGCCAGCCUCUCCGUCAGGUGGAACAGCUACGGGGCCAGACCUCAACGGCAAUGAUAGUUCUACGGUAGCUGAAGGCCCGUCGACUGCCGGUUAUUUCCACGACCCGGAGGGACAGCCAGCCUACCAAGCCCCUGGCAUGCUGGAAUCAGACGCUGCUAGUGAGAAGAUGUCAGUCUCCAGCCUAGCACCUGUCACCAAAGGCCAGGUCUACACGCACAACCUGCGCCAAUUACCGGCCAAGUCAUUCACGCAGCAACUGAAACUGCACCACGGACGACUCAAUCAAGACAAGUGGUGGAAGGCAGCGAUCCGGCCACUGAUCCUGUACUCGUACCCGUCGGUCCUCUGGUCGGCGGCCAUUUACGCUUGCUCGGUGGGAUGGCUCAUCGUCAUCUCGGAAUCCGUGGCCAUCAUCUUCAGACAGGGGACGUACAAGUUCAGUGCACUGGCGACGGGACUAGUGUACAUCUCACCGUUCAUCGGUGGGGUGCUGGGCACGGCGGUGGCAGGCAAGGUCAGCGAUAUCAUUGUCAAAGCGAUGGCCCGAAGGAACGGUGGCCUGUACGAGCCCGAGUUCCGACUCGUCAUGGCAGCGCCGGUGGCGGUAACGACAGUCAUCGGGCUCAUGGGGUUUGGUUGGUCAGCGCAGGUGAAGGAUGCUUGGAUUGUCCCUACCAUCUUCUUCGGAGUGGUCUCGUUCGGCUGCGCGCUCGGCUCCACGACAGCCAUCACGUUUUGCGUGGACAGUUACCGGCAGUAUGCUGGAGAGGCACUGGUGACGUUGAACUUCAGCAAAAAUAUCUUCCACGGGCUCGUGUUCAGUCUUUUUGUGACCGAGUGGCUCACACACGACGGGUCCAAGUCGGUUUUCAUCUGGAUCGGCAUCAUCCAGCUGAUCGUACUUGUCUCGACGAUUCCCAUGUACAUCUACGGCAAGAGAGCUCGUAUGUGGACGGUACGGCGGAAUUUCAUGGAGAAGUUUUAG